CGCAUAUGACGGACAUUCGCGAUUUUAACGUUUUUCUCACCUAUCGGCAACAAGAAUUGGCCAGAUGAAGAUAAUGUUAGAUGAUGACGCUGCAUUGGAUUCAAUGGAUACCGAGGAAGAGAUAUUUUCUCCUCGCAACCAUAGCUUGGACUCGAAUGUCAGGCGGCCUAAGAGCCUGCGCAAGCUGAGGUCACAUUCUGGUUCUAAUUCCCACAUAACUAGAAACAAUCUAAGUGUACGUCGCAGUACACGUAAUAGAAUGCAGACUUAUGACAAUCUUAAUACAAGCUGGAUUCUAGGAACACAAACUUUAAAAGGAUAUCCGAUGUUUCAACAACAUCCCUCUUCCUCGGAUAAAGAGAUGGUAGAUGAUGUCCCUGGUAGAAAACGCGAUGUUCGAGACCGUAUGCCCUUAAAAUCACGUGAAAAUCAUCCACCUAAUAAAACUCCAACAAGACAUCUUAGGGAUAGAACAGAACAUGAUCGACAAAACAGUAGGGAACUACGAACUAGAGUUGAUCGUGAGAUCAAAGAAAGAACUGAACCAGAAAAGGAUAGCGAACAAACAAAACCAGCAAAUGAGGAGAAAGACACUAGAACAAGAAAGUCUGAUAGCCCAAACAGAUUUAGAGAAGGUCCUGUAACCAGAUUAUGUGGAAAUGUAGUUGAAAAAACUGAAAAGCCCAAAGUAGAGCAAGAGGAGGCAGAUGAUGUUAGCUCACACGAAAGUGAAAAACCAGAUAACAAUGACAAUUCUGAAAAUGAAGACGGAUUUGAGGAUAUGUAUACGCGCAUUAAGAGGACAAGACGUACGACUCAACGACAACUGCCAAGAGUGGUGGAUAGUGAUUUAAGCGAAUCUUCGGAUUCUCCUGGGCCUAGGAAGUAUAGUUUACGUCAAAAAAAGCCUACUGUAGAUAGGUUUCAAGCUAAUGUAGAACCAGUUAGGCGUUCUAUUAGAGCCCUUAGAAGUGUCCUCAGCAAUUCGAUGAGAAGAAGGAAGCAUAGAAGUAAGAGUACAAGUUCUGCUGAUUCCAGUGACUCUGAGCCUCAGCGUUAUGACAAAAAGAAAGUAAAAAAAGCAAGACAAUCGGCUAUACCACAAGGCGGUCCACCAGAUCGAAAAGCUGACAUAAAUCCCAUCACUUUAGACACUAACAUUAGAUUUAAUGACGUCGGAGGUCUGGAAACCCACAUUCACUGCCUUAAGGAGAUGGUCAUCUUUCCUAUGAUGUAUCCAGACGUUUUUGAGAGAUAUGAUGUUACCCCACCGAAGGGUGUAUUGUUCCAUGGUCCGCCAGGGACUGGAAAGACAUUAAUAGCUAGAGCACUAGCAAAUGAAUGCAGUCAAGGCAAUAAGAAGAUGGCAUUUUUCAUGAGGAAAGGAGCAGACUGUCUAUCAAAGUGGGUUGGGGAAUCAGAACGACAAUUGAGAUUAUUAUUUGAACAGGCUCAACAAAUGAAACCGUCCAUAAUAUUUUUUGACGAAAUAGAUGGUCUGGCACCUGUUAGAAGUACCAAGCAGGAUCAGAUACAUGCUAGUAUCGUAUCCACGCUCUUAGCACUUAUGGAUGGUCUCAGUGAUAGGGGACAGGUUAUAGUUAUCGGUGCAACGAACAGAAUUGAUGCAAUCGAUCCAGCUCUGCGAAGACCCGGCCGUUUUGAUCGCGAACUCUUCUUUCCCUUACCGGCUAUGAAAGAAAGAUUAGAAAUUUUGAAAAUUCAUGUUAGUAAAUGGAAAAAUCCACCAUCUGAUCAAUUAUUGGAGAUACUGGCGGAAAAAGCAACUGGUUAUUGCGGCUCAGAUUUGAGAGCUUUGUGUACUGAGGCAGUACUGCAGGGGCUAAGGAGAACUUAUCCACAAAUUUAUAUGACAAAUGAUAGACUAUUGCUAGAUCCAGAGAGAGUUGAAGUAAAGAAACGUGACUUUAUGCAAGCAAAUGCUAUGCUUAUUCCAUCAUCACAUAGAGUAGCUCCAUGUGCAGGAAGAAAAUUGCAACCUUUUAUGGAACCGCUAUUAGCACCUCCAUUAAAAGAAUUACUUAAUUUAAUAAGAGGAAUAUUUCCUCAAGGUGUAAAUCCUGCAAUGGCAAAAAUGAGAAAUGCCAAGGGUAUCCAUCGCCCAAGAUUAUUGAUCUCAGGUGGUAGUCUAUCCGAGGGUCAGGGACCUCAUUUAGCUCAAGCAUUACUAUAUUGUAUGGAACAUUUGCCAGUUCAGAUUUUAGAUGUCAGCACAUUGUUUGCAGAAAGUGCUCGAUCGCCGGAAGAAACUUGCGUGCAGGUAUUUAAUGAAGCUGUUAGGAACGUACCGUCCAUUAUUUACAUUCGGUCGAUUAAUCAGUGGUGGCCUCUCGUGCCAGAAACAGUGAAAGCAGUUUUCCUGUGCCGUAUCGCAGCAUUGGAUCCUUCAUUACCAAUUUUAAUUCUCGCAACGAGUGAUGCAACGUAUCAAGAUCUCCCCAAUCAACUAAAAAGCUUGUUUAGUGAAUUACGUGGAGAGGUGUAUUCCAUGAAGACUCCUACUACUGAACAAAGAAAAAAAUUUUUCCGGCCCAUUUUUGUUAUUCAGAGUCUAAGACAGCCACAGAUCAAAAGCAACAAAAUAGAGGUUUUAGAAACACUGCCAUUAGCGCCAGAUCCAUUGCCAAAGAAACUAACGGAAGAGGAGAAGCAGAUCAUGUACGAGAAAGAUGAAAUAUCUCUGAGAGAAUUACGAAUUUUCUUGAGAGAAAUAUGCGCUAAAUUAGCGAGAAAUCGACAAUUUUUCAUGUUCACGAAACCGGUGGACACGGAAGAAGUGCCGGAUUACAAUCUAAUAAUAAAACAGCCUAUGGAUUUGGAAACAAUGAUGACCAAGAUUGACAUGAACUGCUAUCUAUGCGCCCGCGAAUUUCUUGACGAUAUUGAUCUCAUAUGUAGAAAUGCUCUAGAAUAUAACCCAGACAGGGACCCUGCGGAUAAAUUAAUAAGACAUCGAGCGUGUUCUUUGCGUGAUAACGCUUAUGCUUUAAUAAAAGCUGAAUUGGACUCUGAUUUCGAGGACAAGUGUCGCGAAAUUUCGAAGACUCGUCGAAUUUUAGAAAGCAAUUGUGAUAAUGAAAGAAACAAGAAUUCCAAGCUGGAAUCUAGUUCCACAAAUGAGCGAACGGAAAAGAAGGAGUCUAUAAAUUCUAGUCAUUCUCUCGUUGUGAAUGGAAAGAAAUUUGGUAGUUCGAGGAAGCGUAAAAUACCCGCUUGGGCUCGCGGUUACGUAAAGAAGGUCCAUAAGAAGAGGAAAAUCGCUUUCGGUGAGAACGCUACUGAAACAGUUGCGAAUAAAUCGGUAAACAAUGAAACUACUACUAGUAUUGAUUUAGAAAAAUUUCAAGAAUUUGAAACUGAGGCGAAUAAUGUUUUAAACGGACAUAUGGGAUUGUUUGAUAAUACCGAUUCCGAGAACGAUUCACAAAAUGAGAAUUCAAAGGGAAGUCAAAACUGCACUGCGACAGAUCAACGAAUAGAUAAUCUCGAUCAAAUGGAAAUAUGCUUCAUAGAGGAAGAGAAGCCAAUAGGAAAUGGUGAUUCGAGUUCGUCAUCUCGACGCGAAAGCAUGGACGAAUUAUCUUUUGCUAUUGAAAGUGAUACUAGCCGGGAUAAGAUUGAAGAAAACGAGAAAAUCGUAGUUGAUAAAAGCGAACUUGACAAUGCCUGGCAUUUUACCGUUGAAAUAACAAAAGACUUUCCUGUCGAGGUAUUGUGCGAUAUUUAUGUACAACUAAGCAGAUGCAUUGGAAAAUAUGCUCAGAAAUACGAUAGAAAAUCACUGCCAAAGGACUUGCUCAAGGAAGUGGAAAAAUUUACAGAGUACAAGUCACAACGUCAGUAGAGUAUAGUGCACAGCGAUCACAGAUUUACAUUCCGCACUCGAAGUCACGAAUCCGAAUGAGACGGUUGUUCUGCGAUUACGUUCUUGGUGCUCGUCGGUAUGCCGUCGUUUUCACAAUACCAUCGCAUGAAAUCCGUAUUAUACGUAUAUAUAUAUAUAUGAUAUAAACAAUGUAUGCACUAUCGAAAAGCUAUCUUGUAAACACUGCCGAUUACGGACGAGUCACCAUACUACCAUCUGUGUUUCUCUUUUUCUUUCUAUCUCUUUCUUUCUUCGAAUAUAACGUCCCUUAAGACUACUCUCUACGAAGAAUGAUGAAGUAUUAACACGCUCGGGCUCGAGCUGUAGCAUAUCAAGUAUCUGGCAAUUUUUUCUACUGAACAAUGAAUGCACGCAGAGUAGAUGGUAGCCUUAAGAAUUUAGGCGCAUACACGAUGAAGUUGUAAAAGACGGACGAAAAGCGACGAGAUGCAUCCACUGCCUUAUUUAUUUUAUCAUAUAAGUAAUACAUUUUAUUGUCAUAUAUUAUAGUGAAAUAAAGAUUUCGUAAUGU